GCACACGCAACAUAAACAGGGCCCACCCCGGUCAGGAGAGCCUAUAAAAGCAAGAUGCGUCUGAGCGAUCCACGACCAAGAGGACACACUUGGAAAUUUGCGCCCUGGAGCACAGUUCGACACUCCGCGUUGAGAUGAGAGGGUUUACACUGAAUAAUGUUUGCCAGUGUGGCUUAUUUACUUAUCUUGUCUUAUUUUCCUUCGUGUCUUUUACCACCGCAGUCAGUUUCGACCUGACUGAGCUUAGGAAUAAAGUUGCAAAAAUUAAAGUGAAUCCAAGAGGCAAUCUUUGGGCUACAGGACAUUUCAUGGGCAAGAAGAGUGUGAUGGACACCCCUCUGCUGCCGUCAGCUGAGGGGCAAGGCGUUGAUGCUUUGGAAGUCACCCUGCCUGCGGAGCACGGCGCUCUCGGGGAGCUUUUCCAGGAGUUUCUGCGGGUGGCGUUGCAAGCGCAGGUGGAUACACAAGAGAGCCGCUCGAAAAAUCAGGAGGCGGACUUGUUGAUGAAGAUUUUAGAAAGCUACAUCCAAAGCAGAAAGUGACGCAGAGGAUGAAAGUCUGGCACGCAUGAACACAGAUCCGAGGUCAUCUGGCCUCAUGGGUUCAAAUAAAAAAAUUAGUCACAGUCUACAGUGUCCUGCUCAUUAUGACUGUAAUUUACUGUAAUACUGUCAUAUUUACAGCUCAUGUGCCAUUUGCAAUACACAUAAAACAAUUUCCAAUUUAUUUUACUGAUGAUAUUUCACAUUGUCUUGUUGUUUAAAGUUAUUUAUAUUAAAUAAAA